AUGUCUUUCCCCAAGACCAUCCCGGCCUUUACCGUGAAGAUCCCCAUCACGGCGCCUUCGGCCAUCGGUACGGCCAAGAGCGGCAGCCUCAACCAGGUGGCCUUUCUGGUGGACCACCCCGGCGGCGGCAUCACGACCGAGCCGGGAUACCCGAUCCAGCUCGACGCCAAGUGGGUGCAUGGCAGCGAUUUCAUUCGCGCCGACCCCGACGGCAAGCACCUGCGGCUGAGCGUCAACAGCGUGCUGCAGCAGCGGGACGACCCCAGCGCCAUGCUGAGCUUCAGCUACACGGGCAUCAUCCAGCUCGGAGGCGCGGCCGACAAGGUGCUGUCGGGCGCGGCCGAUGCCAAGACGACCGACUUCGGCGAGGUCUUCUCGCACCACACCUUUGAGACGGGGCACCCGUCGCUGCGGGCGCUCGAGAGCAAGGUGUUCGUCGGCGCCGGCCACUUUGUCCUCGAGGCCGGCCAGCCGCCCGUGGUGGAGUACAAGAUCAGCGAGGUCACCCUGUGA